GCGUUCUCACACAAGUCUUACUGAACAGCGGCCUCUAGUCACAGAUUUCGAUAGGUCACCGAUUUCAGCACAACAGCCAUCUUGAUGAGAAUCCGGAUCAUCAUCAUCUGAUCACACUGAUUUCCACAGAACACACACGAGUACAGAGCGGCGAUGGCCACUGCACCAUACAACUACUCCUACAUCUUCAAAUACAUCAUCAUUGGUGAUAUGGGUGUAGGGAAGUCCUGUUUGCUUCAUCAGUUCACAGAAAAGAAGUUCAUGGCGGACUGCCCGCACACGAUCGGCGUAGAGUUUGGCACUAGAAUAAUCGAGGUGAGUGGACAGAAGAUCAAGCUGCAGAUCUGGGACACAGCGGGACAGGAGCGAUUCAGAGCGGUCACACGCAGCUACUACAGAGGAGCCGCAGGAGCGCUGAUGGUGUAUGACAUCACCAGGAGAAGCACAUACAACCACCUCAGCAGCUGGCUGACCGACGCCAGGAACCUCACCAACCCCAAUACUGUGAUUAUACUGAUAGGAAACAAAGCAGAUCUUGAAGCGCAGCGAGACGUGACAUAUGAAGAAGCAAAACAGUUUGCUGAAGAGAACGGUCUGUUGUUCUUGGAGGCCAGUGCAAAAACGGGUGAGAACGUGGAAGACGCGUUUCUGGAGGCAGCGAAAAAGAUCUACCAGAACAUUCAGGACGGCAGUCUGGAUCUAAACGCAGCUGAAUCGGGCGUGCAGCACAAACCGUCGGCUCCACAGGUCGGGCGGCUCACCAGCGAACCACAGCCACAGAGAGAGGGGUGCGGCUGUUAAUGAUCAACAUCCUCCAACUGCCCAAAAAACCAUCUGCCCUCCUCCUCCUCUACAGCACUUUCUUCACUCACAUACGCCUGCUCUCGCCCAUCUCAGAGGGUCACAUGGGCAUAGGCUGAGAGGGGAGGGGUCAUCCCCUUCAUCUGUCUGUCUUCAUUUUCUCGCUCUCCUGGUCAGCGUUUCUUGAUUUCCCAUCAUCCUCUGACUGCUCUAACCGCCAAUCAUGAACUCAUCACACGACAUGAAUCUGUGAGACAGCUGACAACAACGCAGGUUCUUUUUUUAUUGGCUCAUUUUAUAGCUCAAUAAUGUAAUGUUUGUUCUUCUGUAACUCUCUGAGAAAUGAGACUUGUACAGGAAGUAGCUAAAAGUGACACUGACUAUAAUCCAACGUUAUGUUGCUGCUGCUGCAUGUUACACUAUGAUUGUUUUAUUAAGAACAUCAAAUGCGUUUAUACCCAGUGAUGACGUUUGAAAGAUCACGAUCACGUGAUGUGUUUUUGAUGUAUGGGAUGAAAUUAGUCUCUCUUCAUCACACAUUUGUUAAUCAUUUUGAGACUAACUUCAUCCCAUAGUGAUGCGAUCAGCCGUGUUGCAUUUAAAGCACUUAGAAGAAUCAGUCUGUUUGGGUUGUGACCGACGGGCCGCCCGACUGAAGCUCAGAUAGCCUUUACAGGCCUGCAGGGCUCAAAAUAAUGGGUCCAUAAAAUCUGCCAAACAUCUGUCGAUUCCAGUGAUUUAGAUCCCAGACUAACACCACAGCAGCGUUUACCUUUUGGUGUGAAUGCACAAACACAUUUAAAUGUAGAUUAAGGAAAUAUGCGUGUAUGUAAAGUUGGUUUGGGUUGGAUGCAUUUCUGAAUCAGACACUUUAAGAAACAAAUUACACAUAAUUCUUUUAGCUCAUGUCUCUCCUUCUGCUUUGAUCAUAUCAAUUGAAGUUUGUCCCGACCAUAGUUUUACUUUUAUUGUUGCCUUAUUGUUAUGAUUCAUGUUAAUAUUAUUACUAUCACUGUCCAAUCUUUUACUGUGCUAGCUCAACAUGCAGUUUGGACUUGAAUGGUUUUACAACACUGCUACUUAUAUUGUAAAGAUAAUGUGACAGGAACAGCUCCAGUUGUAUAGUCUGUACUUCCUCCAAAAUGGCACGUGUUUGGGGGACUCUUAUUCAGUUUAUUUAUCAUAUGACAUCAAAUGUCAUGCAGCUGCUGUAUGUAAGGCUAUAUCUGUUGACAAUGAUGCUGCGACCGCACUGACUGAUGAUGUGAUAUUCUGUGAGAUGCUGGCCACACUUGCUUGGGAAAAUCUCUUACACAUUUCUAAGUAUCAAUAUUACAAUAUCUGCAUCACAAACUCUCAGAGGUGCACUUUUCCAACGCUAAAGAGACAUAAGGUUUUAUCAUCUUACGAUCAUAUGAGGAUCUUGAAGGAUGGGCCUCUUGAACUGUCUCAGCAUCUCUUUGCUAUCAGAAUGACCUGUUCACAUGAGUAAAAACAGUACAUACUGUAUGUAUAUAUUUUGAAGGAGCUGUGCUAACAUUUAAAGUCUGUUCUUGUGUGUAUAUGAUUUUAAAAAGUUGAUAUUUUGAUUUUAAUUGACAAUAAAAAUCUGCUAGACAGAAUAGCAUUUCA